CGGGGGAACGUCCGGACAAUCUGCCAGAUACAGCCUUGUACGAACCACCGCAGUGUCCCCACAGCGCCUGCUCGUCCGUGCAAGUAACGCUAUCCACCAAGAUUGGUCCGCCAGCCAACUUCCGCUGCCCCGUUCUGUGCUCUCUAUAGGAACCACGACUUCGUCCAUGGACGAGGAACAUUACGCCUUCCCGAAGGCGCUUAGCGAGUUUCCCGUGCAUUGGUUGAAUCGAUCACCAUCGCACUCCGAGAAGAGUCUUUUCUAUCUCCGGUCCCCUCAUCCGCUAACUUAAGCAUGCUCGUACGAAGACGCAGGACCGAAGGACCUUCACGUUCCCUCAGGUGCCACGCCAGCUCACUGAUCAUGUCUCCCGACGGUGAUUUUUCCAGUCUUUACAGCCACGACCGACCCAGCACGAUAGCUGGAACAGGCGAUUGGAAAGAGGUCGCGGCUCGCAAGACGAGGGACAGGCAGGUACUUCUGGACCAAUGGCCAGAAUGGCGGCUCAAGGAGGAGGUCCCGGAGUCGAUGACAGACGUCUCGGCCCUGCCGACAUCGCAGCUUUCCGCGCGGGAGUACGCGAUAGUACAUCUGGACGCCACUUCGCUGGUCGAACGCAUCCGUGAUCGUCGGUACACUUCGACGGAGGUUCUCAAGGCAUUCUGCCACGUUGCUACGAUCGCCCAGCAGCUUACAAACUGCUUGACGGAGAUCAUGUUCGAAGAGGGUCUGCAGAGAGCCGCGGAACUUGAUAGGCUUUUGGAAGAGAAGGGUCAGGUUGUCGGGCCUUUACAUGGCUUACCCGUGUCAAUCAAGGAUCACAUACGUGUCAAAGGGCAUGACACAGCGACAGGCUAUAUUGCUUGGGCAUACAGUAAGGUUGCCCAAGAAGAUGCCACAGUGGUUGAUAUCUUGCGCAAAGCCGGCGCCGUGGUGUAUGUGAAAACUGCCAAUCCGCAGACACUGUUGUCCCUCGAAACCAAUAACAAUAUCUAUGGGCGGACAUGCAAUCCAUUCAAUCGAGCACUCACUCCCGGCGGUAGCAGUGGAGGGGAGAGCUCCCUGAUCGCUGUGCACGGAAGCCCAAUGGGGAUCGGAACGGAUAUAGGUGGUUCUAUUCGCAUACCUGCGGCGCAUGCAGGCCUUUACGGCCUGAAAGGAUCAGUGGGCCGUAUGCCCCAUUCCGGUUUGGAAGGGUCGCAUGACGGCAUGGACGCGAUUGUUGGGGCGCUCGGGCCACUUGCGACCUCCGGGAGAGACCUGGCCUUGUUCUGCCGGGUCAUGCUCCAGUAUCAGCCCUGGCUCGUGGAACCGCCUCUCCUGGAGAUCCCGUGGAAGCAGAGCGUAGCCGAUGGGGAGGGAUUGCCCGAGCACCUCUCGAUCGCCGUGUUGUGGGACGACGGUGUGGUUGAACCCCAUCCACCCAUCCUCGACGCCUUGAAACGAACCAAGGAGGCAUUGGUGGCUGCGGGACAUAAAGUGGUUUCCUGGGUGCCUGUGGAUCACCAGGAAGCGUGGGAUUUAAUUCUAAAGCUCUACUUCCUUGACGGAGGUGAAGAAUACCGAGAUACUAUGGCGGGUGAACCGAUGGUCCCGCAGUCCGAAUGGGUUCUACGACAGGUGCCUAACGACGGCAAACCUUUCACGGUGGCAGAGACUUUCAAACUGAACCGGGCGCGCGAGGAGUUCCGGUCAAAGGUGGUCGCACAUUGGAAUGAUGCGGGGCGGACGGCAGCGGGAAGUUCAAUUGACGCCAUCCUCAGCCCUGUUUCUCCGACGUUAGCCCCUCCGCACGACACAACGCGCUGGUGGGGAUACACUUCUUACUGGAACUUGAUGGACUUUCCGGCGGUGGUAUUUCCAACGGGCAAAUUUAGGGCGCAGGACUAUACGCCGCUCGACGUCUCCGGCGAGCCCGUUAGCUGUACGCGUCCCCGCAGCGCGAUGGAGGAGUACAUCAAGAAGCAAUGGGCGCCAGAGACGUACGACAACGCACCCGUGGCCUUGCAACUCAUUGGGAGACGACUGAACGAAGAGAGACUGCUGGGCAUGCUCUCAAUCGUAGAGCGGGCAUUACAUCGUUCAUACGAGUAAAGGGUGCAAUUGUUUAAUAACUCACGACAUGUCGGACGACAACGAUCGCAUGAUGCCAACCGAACGACUUCAUUAGGAGAUUCGGAUGCUACGACAGCGUGCGGGGCUGCAGGAAGGCAUCGUAUCAUUACUAUACCCUCGGUCAUCAAAUGUGAAGGAAUGAAUAGAUGUUCAUACCUCUCACCGAAAGGGGAUCGCCGCGUUUUGAGAUGCGACAACGCGCACAAGGCCGACGGGGUUUUCAUUCACUGUCCUUGAGAUGAAGUGGCCGAGUU